AUGGAUGACCUAAAAUCUAAUAAUAAUUUCUCUGAUCCUUUGCAUGAAUAUAAAUAUAAUCAAUCAAAAAAGAAUUCAAGUAAAACUUCUACUUCACAAUUAGUUGGAAAAUCAACCACUCCCAAUUCAAAUCUUGAUAAUUCAUCAGCUUCUGUUUCUCCAUUAACAUCUUUCAUAAAUACACCCAAAUAUAUUAAGCAAUACUUUGAAAACUUUGGUGAUUCUUUUAAAUCAGAUAAAUUUGAGGAUAAUACUUCCUCGUCUUCCACUUCUGUAACUUAUUCUUUAAAUAUGCAAAUUUCUCACAAGUUUUCAAAUUCAUCAUUCAUCUCAACUUACAGUGAUGAUGAUUCAUCUAAGGAAUUAAAAUUUAAGAAACGACGUUCUACCAUAACACCCGCGGAUGCAAUUAAUCCAAAAAAAAACGGCGAAAAUUAUGACACACGAAAUAAAAGCCAAGAAAAAAACGAAACACAAUUAAGUCUUGUUGAUGAUUCUAAAUGUCGUUGUAAGCCUGGUAAGGGAUCAGAAAAAUCUACCCAGAAAGAAGAAAACUUCACAACCGAACACGUGAUACUUAAAGAUAAAGAUGUUGACAAUUCAUUUUCAAAUCCGAAUAAUAACUCAAAAGAAACCGAAUUCCCCAUCCCUUCAUUUAUAUCAAAAGUAAACGAAAAUAACAACAAUGAACAUAUCCGUAAUAGAUCUUCGAGUACUGAAACAGAUAAUUGUCAUAAAGAAUAUUUAAUUAAUGAUAUAGAAAUUAUUGAUGAAGGAAAUGCUACUGUAUCCAAUCAUCCAAAGUCUAAAAGUAAGGGAAAUAAUAGUUCUGAUUAUUUAAAUAUUGGAAUGAAUGAUGGAACUAUUAGUAGUGGUUAUGCAAAGGCAAAUCCGAAGAGAAAUAGAGAUUAUCAUUCUUUCUUUAAAUCAAUUCCUCAAAAUGAAUAUCUAUUAAAUGAUUAUGGAUGUGCAUUACAGAAAGAAAUUCUUAUUCAAGGAAGAAUAUAUGUUUCAUUAAAUCAUAUAUGCUUUCAUGCAAACAUCUUUGGUUGGACCACUAAUUUGAAAGUGCCAUUCACUGAAGUUGUUAAUAUUGAGAAAAAGAUGACUGCAUUUUUAAUACCAAAUGCUAUAUUAAUAACUACUUUAAAAUCAAAGCAUUUCUUUGCAUCAUUUCUUUCCCGGGAUACUGCUUACGAAACAUUUAUAAAAAUUUGGCAUUAUGCAAAUCCCAUGGCGGCAAGUAAACAGUCCGAACUACAAGAAUAUAUUUCAGAAACUAAUCAUCAAAAAGAAAGUACUUGUGAAAGUGCGAAUUCUAUUUCUGAUUCCGACAAUGAGAGUUCCAAAACUCGUUCUCAACCUCGUGCCAAGCCAUUUCAAUUAUUACGAAAAAACUUGGUCUUACGUAAACAAACACGGGAUGAAGCUAUUAAAAUUGAGACGAAUAACUUACCUUCGCCUAAAAAAUCAUUGAUUAUGUUUUGUAAAGAACCAGGACCAAAAUUAGAUGAUUUUGAUACGCCAACAACAUUGUCAAAUGACAUCAAUGAAAAUUCACAUCAAGAACCAAAUUUCAUAACCUCAUCAAAUGAUGUAAAUGAAAAUUCGCAGCAAGAACAAAAUUCCACAAUCUCAUCUUCGUCGCUUAGACCAUCUAGUCAAAUCCAAACCUUGCAACAAAUUACUCUUAAUGAUGAAAGUCAAAAACAAUUAGGAUUGGAAACCCAAUGCGAUUGUUUGAAAAUGAACCAACAUUACAAUGAUGUUAUCAUGGAUACAAAAUUUACUGGAACCAUUGAAAAGAUUUACAAUUUAUUAUUUACAAGUGGAUUCAUUCCCGAGUUCAUCACUAAACUUGAGAAUAAUAACGACACGGAAUUUGGUGAAUGGGAUACUACCGAAGAUGGUAAAUUGAUUCGUAAAGCGAGUUAUACAAAAAGAUUAAAAAAUGUAAUUGGACCGAAAAGUACCAAAUGCUAUUUAACAGAUGAAUGUUUAAAUCGAGAUUUUAAUAAUUACGUUACUACAUUAUCAACGACCCAAACACCUUAUGUACCAUCCGGUAAAACGUUCUCAGUAAAAACUCGAACUUGUAUAAUGUGGGCAGGAAAAAAUAAAGUUCGUGUUAUUGUUACAGCAUCAGUAGAAUUUUCAAAGGCAAAUUGGUUAAAAGGAACAAUCGAAAAAGGUGUGAUAGAUGGUCAAAUAGAACAUUUUAAGGCCCUUGAGAUAGCAGUAAGAAAAUAUAUUGCACAAAAUCGUUCCGAAUUUCGGGAACCUGAAUUUGAAAUAGACAAUGAAUCAGAUGUAGAUAGUGUUCCAUUAUCACCAACCAAAAAAAAAAAAUCUGUUUCUUCCACAUCAUAUAUUUCGACAACAUUAAACCGUAGACCUAGUUCAAGACGUUUAUCACAAUCUAGUGCACAUUUUGGAGUUAGAAAUAUCUCUCAAUCCAAUUUUCCUACAGAGACAAUUAAUGAAGAGGAAAAUAAUUUCAUCCAAUCGAUAAUUAAAUCCAUAUUUUCUAUUACCCUAACGAGCAUUUCAACUGUUAAAUCAUUAUUAGAACCCAUUCAAUUUACAAUUCCAAAUCUGGAAACAAUUGUAUUGUUAACAUUGAUAAUAAUAACUCUUAUUUCCAAUGGUUAUAUUUGGAUUUAUUUAAGGGAUCUUAAUAACAAGGUGGAUAAAUAUGUAGGCAUCACGACUUGUAAUAAUGAUGAUUAUAAUAAUCGGUUAGAUGCAAUAGCAAACUUGUAUGGAAUGAGAGGAAGAUAUGGAAUGUAUCAAGAUAAAAGAAUUUUCGAUAUUGAAAGCGAUAAAUUCUUGGAAUGGAUGUUGGAAAAAAGUAAAUGA